UAUGAUUAGUUAGGUCAAAAACAGAUUCCAUGGGUUCUGAGUUUCUUCCAUUGGAGUUGAUUGAAGAGAUCUUGUGUAGACUGCCCGUGAAAGAGUUGCUUCAAUUCCGAUGCGUAUGCAAAUGUUGGAAUUCCUUAAUCUGUGAUCCCAAAUUCCAUGAAAAACAUCUUACCUAUUCCACCACUCUUGCCUUCCACUUCAUAAACUACUUCAAUCCCUCAAGCAAGUUUAUUCUCACGUCUUAUCCAAUUGACACUCUUUUCACUAAUAAUAAUAAUAAUAAUAAUGUCACCACUACCUUCACUCGACUUGAGUAUCCUCAACACUAUGUUAAAGGAUAUCAAUAUCAUCUUCUCACCGGUUUAGAUUACUUCGUUGGCUCUUGUCACGGAAUCCUUUGUCUUACCAACAAAUAUGGAACUUUGCUUCUACUCUGGAACCCUUCCAUUAGAAAAUACAAGGAAUUACCUCUUUUUCAACGCCCACUAAACAACUCUGGACGCACUGAUGUAGAUUUUGGUUUUGGUUAUGAUCAUGUUAAUCAUGUUUACAAGGUGGUGGCUGUUUUAAGUUACGUCUCAUAUGAUGUAACCAAAACUGAAGUCAAGGUUCAUACUUUGGGUACUGAUUUUUGGAAAAGUAUUCAUGAAUUUCCUUUUGGUUGUGUUUCUGUUGCCCAUUCUGGACAAUUUGUGGCUGGCGCCAUUAAUUGGUUGGCCUAUAAUCGUUCUCAUCAUUCUUUUAUUGUUUCUUUUGAUUUGGAGAAAGAGUCUUAUCAACAGAUUUUGCCGCCAGAUAACACAACUGCUUGUCGGUUGGGUGUCUGGAAGGAUUGCAUGUGGCUGAUUUCUGGUCGUGAUCUUUGGCUUAUGAAAGAAUAUGGAAAUAAAGAGUCUUGGACCAAAUUGUUCACUAUUUCGUGUGACUUUUCCAAAGUAAUAGAUAUUUUGGAUGAUGACCGAGUGCUGUUAGAAUACAUGGACAAGAUGAUUGUUUACAAUUUCACUAAUCAUACUUUUAAGUUUACUGACUUUGAGAUUGUAUGGCCUCCACAAGUCUCUGUUGAGAGUUUGAUUGAUAUCACCACUUAUUAAUUUGCUCACAAAGCAUGGUGAAGAUGACGCUGAUUAAGUCUGAAAUUCUUGAAAGAAGAGUGUA